AUGAAGUCAGAACAAAUAGAGAGAAGAAACUCUGAAAACUUCACUCCACAAGAAUUAUUCUCAAAAGAGCAUGAAAAAUUAAGGGAAAAGGGAGAGGAGUGGAUGAAAAAAACGGCCGAGUCUUGCAUGCUAAUUUCAACUGUCAUUGCUACUGGAGUUUUCACUGCUGCAACUAGUUUACCAGGAGGAACAAACGAUGACACCGGAAAACCAAAUUAUUUAUCUAAAACAUCUUUUUUGGUGUUUGCAAUAUCAGAUGCAUUGACACUUGUCUCAUCUUCAACAGCAAUAUUGAUCUUCUUGUCUAUUCUUGUCUCACGUUAUAGAGAGUAUGAUUUUUAUAAAUCAUUGCCUCUAAAGCUAGUAUUUGGAUUGAUCACAUUGUUCAUCUCCAUCACAAGCAUGAUGGUAGCUUUUAGCAGUGCCUUCUUCAUUAUAUACUAUCAUGGUUUAAAGUGGGUACCUAGUUCCAUUGCAAUACUUUCUUCCCUACCAAUUCUUUUGUACAUAUUUUUGCAUUUUUCACUUUUUUCAGAUAUUAUACAUUCAAGCCUCUAUUGGAGGAAGCUAUCAACGGCCGGUAAAAACAUGAUUUAUGUACUCGAGGAGUAGAGUAUCAUUAUUGUCUGGAAAAUGCUUAGUGUUAC